CCCUUCAUCUGCGCUGAUAUCACAGCUUUACAGACACUACAAGGCAGAAAUCAGAAGGAACAUUUAAAAGUUAUAUGCCUAAUCUCUGGAUUUAUUUUAGUUAUUUUCGAAAAAAAACACUUUGAUCGUCUUAAAAUAUAAUUUUUAAGUGCUUGUUUUUUUUCGGUCAUGGCUUGUGAAAUAGGAUCGCAGAGCGGAUGGAUAAAAUGGCGCUUUGGCUUCGGACAGAAUUUGCUGCGUUAUUUUUUCCUUUGUCACUUCGUCUUUUUUGUUACGGGACAUAUCAGAUAUUCGAUCCCAGAGGAGAUGAGGAAAGGCUCCCCGAUCGGUAAUGUCGCACAGGACCUUGGCUUGGAUCUGAAAAGGCUCCGUUCUGGGCGGGCCCGCAUCGUGAGCGCUGAGAGCGUCCAGUACGUCGAGCUGAAGGCAGACAAAGGGAUUUUAGCAGUGAAGGAGAGAAUCGACCGGGAGCAGCUUUGCGGCGGCACAUCGCCGUGCAGUUUCAGCUUUGAGAUGAUUCUAGAAAAUCCUAUGGAGAUGCAUCAAAUUACGGUCGAGAUUACAGAUGUUAAUGAUCAUUCGCCCACGUUUAAAAGGGAUAGUAUGCAUUUUGAAAUAAGCGAGAGUGCCGCAAAUGGUGCUCGUUUCCCAUUGGCGACUGCAGAGGACCUAGAUGUGGGUGUGAACGGACUCAAAGAAUAUUUAUUGAGUGAAAAUGAACAUUUUGCUAUAAAGCAACAUUCAAAUGCAGACGGAAAGAAAUAUGCAGAGAUGGUGCUACAGAAGCCUUUAGAUAGAGAGACAAAUCCAAAUCUCUCUCUAAAACUGAUCGCUGUGGAUGGAGGAACUCCUCAGAGAUCUGGUACUGUAAAUAUUAAUGUUGUUGUUCUUGAUGUGAACGAUAACGCACCUGUAUUUAAUCAGACAUUUUACAAAGCCACAGUGAUAGAAAACACUCUUAAAAACACUUACGUUACCACAGUAAAUGCCAGUGAUGCAGAUUUUGGAUCAAACAAUAUUGUGACAUAUUAUUUUUCAGAUCUUAGUAGCGCUCUUGGAGAUUUAUUUAAGAUUGAUGAAAAAAGCGGUGUCAUUUUAACUGCGGGGCCUAUUGAUUUUGAAAAAGAUAAGAAGUUUGAGCUUCAGAUCCAUGCAAAGGAUCAAGGAGGCUUGACAGAUUCCUGCAAAGUAAUAAUUGAUGUAGGAGAUGUAAAUGAUAACGCUCCUGUCAUAAGCGUGAUGUCAUUCACCAGUCCCGUGUCAGAGGACUCUCCUCCUGAAACAACUAUUGCCAUUUUUAAUGUAAAAGACAUGGAUUCAGGUGAUAACGGACAAGUGAGCUGUAAAAUAGAAGGAACUGUGCCUUUUAAGAUCAAGUCCAACCUAAAAAAUUAUUAUACUCUGAUAACUGAUUCUGUAUUAGAUCGGGAAAGCGUUUCAGAGUAUAACAUUACUGUUGUUGCUACAGACAACGGAGCACCUCCUCUCUCAGCUAAAAGAAUCUUUAAUUUGAAAGUGUCUGAUGUGAAUGACAAUGCUCCAGUCUUUUCAGAACGUGUUUACAGAGGAUUUAUUACAGAGAAUAACUCCCCUGGCGUCUCUGUCAUUGCUCUGAAAACCAAAGAUCCUGAUGAGAACCAAAACGCUCGAAUAUCAUAUAUCUUGGAGGGCAAAAGUAUCGCUGGCUCAUCAGUUUCUGAAUAUGUUUCUGUAAAUGCAGAAAGUGGAGUCAUACAGGCAGUGCGCUCAUUUGAUUAUGAACAAAUUAAAGAAUUGGUUUUCAUUGUAAAAGCGCAGGAUGGAGGCUCUCCUCCACUCAGCAGCAACGUGACUGUGAAAAUCCUGAUCCAGGACCAGAACGAUAACCCUCCUCAGGUUCUGUACCCAGUCCAGACUGGUGGCUCUGUGGUAGCUGAAAUGGUGCCUCGUUCAGCAGAUGUGGGCUACCUGGUGACUAAAGUGGUGGCUGUAGAUGUGGACUCUGGACAGAACGCCUGGCUCUCCUAUAAACUGCAGAAAGCCACAGACAGGGCGCUGUUUGAAGUGGGAUCACAGAAUGGAGAAAUAAGAACAAUCCGUCAGGUGACUGAUAAAGAUGCUGUGAAACAGAGACUGACUGUGAUAGUGGAGGACAACGGGCAGCCCUCUCGUUCAGCUACAGUCAUUGUUAACGUGGCGGUGGCGGACAGCUUCCCUGAAGUGCUGUCCGAGUUCACUGACUUUCCUCACGAUAAGGAGUACAAUAACAACCUGACUUUUUACUUGGUCUUGGCUCUGGCUGUGGUCUCCUUCCUCUUCAUCACGUGUUUAGUGGUUAUUAUAUCAGUCAAGAUCUACAGAUGGAGACAGUCUCGCAUCCUGUAUCACUCCAACCUCCCUGUGAUUCCAUAUUAUCCUCCACGUUACUCAGACACUUUGGGAACAGGGACUCUGCCACACGUGUACAACUACGAGGUUUGCAGGACCACUGACUCCAGAAAGAGUGACAAUAAGUUUGGAGGAGCUGGUGGUCAGAACGUGUUGAUAAUGGACCCCAGUUCUACAGGAACCAUGCAGCGGAUACAGAGUGAGAAGAGCAUCCUGGAUGAACCUGACUCCCCUUUAGAGGUAAAAAAAACUAAAUCUAAAUUGGUAUUACAUUCUUUUCUCUAUCAUUUGUUCUACAUUUUGUCAUUUUUAUAGCGCGUUUGCAGCGAUUGUUCUUCAGCACCAUGGAAAGCACCUUAUUUAGCAUCAGUUUGAAAAGAAUUUCCCGAAAAGAGUUAUCAGUUCCUGUUCCGUGGUCUUUGAUUAGGAGGCGUUUGAAGUUAUUGAUGUUUUGAUGAAUUUGUGAUGUUUAGAUCUUCUUUGUACCCAUGAAAUAAGUAAUACAAGUAAAGUGGAGCAUCAACUCAUCUCGUCAACUCUAGAGCAUCUGAUUUUACUUUCUUUGACAAUUGUUUUUAUUACUGCUACGUCCUUGUCUGUUUAAUAUAAUAUUAGAAACAUAUUUUCACCAGCUGUUGAUCUGUCAAAGAUAUUUCAUUAGUUUUCAACACUAAUCUCUUAAUAUUUAUUAAAUUGCUCACACUUUAUAUUAUUUUCAUGAUUGUUUGGUUAUGGUAGACUCUCUUGUACACGGUCAUGUGUGCUGCUGUCCUUAAUGGCAAGGUCACCCUUGUCAGAGGUUUUAUAUUCAGUGAAUCCUUUAUCUUUUUAAAUAUAGGUUAAUCAAAAAUGUAUUUACACCAUAAUAAAUAUUUUUUUAAUACAUAAGCGAUUUGUAACAGUAAAUGCCAUUGUAGCUGUAUCACGC